CUCCUAGCUUCGUUCGUCAUCUUCGGAUCGGAGCUCGAAAUCGUCAAGAAAAACUUUAGACUUCUCGACAUCACCGACGGUUUUUGUAGCGAUCUCCAAUAACAUCAUAUGUUCAACUGAUUUCCUGGUCAUUUCUACUUUGACUUGCAUGUAGCAAGAGGGUUACCUGUUCCUGAUGGAUGGUUUACCGGAUCAAUUGGUUUGGGAAAUCUUGGACAGGAUCACGAAAACAACAGACAGGAAUGCUACUUCUCUAGCAUGUAAAAGGCUUUACAUGCUGGAUAAUGAACAGAGACAUUCUCUUCGUGUCGGGUGUGGAUUAGACCCUGUAAAUGAAGCUCUGACUGCUCUCUGCAUCAGGUUCCCAAAUUUGGCAAAGGUAGAAAUAAGUUAUUCUGGUUGGAUGUCCAAAUUGGGGAAACAGUUGGACGACCAAGGCCUUCUGAUUCUUUCCAACUAUUGUCCCUCUUUGAGCAAUCUCACCUUAAGUUACUGCGCGUUCAUAUCAGAUGCGGGUCUUCGCCAUUUGACUUCAUGUUCCAAGCUCUCUGCUUUGAAGUUGAACUUUACACCACGAAUUACUGGCUGUGGCAUAUUAUCUGUUGUGCUGGGCUGCAAAAAUCUCACUGUUCUCCAUCUUAUGCGAUGUUUAAAUGUUUCCAGUGUUGAGUGGCUACACCACAUCGGAAAGCUUGAGACCCUAGAAGAUCUUGCAAUAAAGAAUUGUAGGGCAAUCGGUGAGGGUGAUUUGGUUAAGCUAGGUGCUAGUUGGAGAAAAAUAAGGCGUUUACAGUUUGAAGUAGAUGCUAAUUACAGAUACAUGAAGGUUCAUGAUCGCUCAGUGGAUCGAUGGCAAACACAGCAGGUCCCAUGUGAAAAUAUGCUGGAGAUGAGCUUGGUCAAUUGCAUCAUCCACCCGGGGAGAGGUCUAGCGUCCGUGCUGGGUCAUUGUAAAAACCUAGAGAGUAUAUGCUUGGACAUGUGUGUUGGGAUCAGGGACUGUGAUAUCAUCAAUUUAUCACAAAAGUCCAGGAAACUUCGUUCUCUGUCACUUCGAGUCCCAUCAGACUACUCACUACCUCUUUUGAUGAAUAACCCGUUGAGAUUGACAGAUGAGAGUCUACAAGCUUUGGCUCAGAAUUGUUCGAUGCUUGAAGAAAUUAUGAUAUCCUUCUCCGAUGGGGAGUUUCCUUCAUUUUCUUCAUUCACAUUGAAUGGUAUUCUUAGUUUGGUCAAAAUGUGCCCCAUCCGCAAACUAGCUCUUGACCAUCUAGACUCCUUCAAUGACGAUGGGAUGGAGGCGCUGUGCUUUGCUCAGCAUUUGGAGUUCUUGCAGUUCGUCAGAUGCCAAGAGGUAAGUGACGAGGGACUGCAGCAUGUUAUCCACUUUCCUUCUUUGCGGACCUUGCGAUUGGUAAAGUGCCUAGGAAUCACCGAUGAUGGCCUGAAGCCACUUGUGGGAUCACAAAAGUUAGAGUUGCUUGUGGUGGAAGAUUGUCCUCAGAUUUCAGAAAGGGGCCUUCAAGGUGCUGCAGAAUCUGUUUCUUUCAGGCAAGACUUGUCAUGGAUGUAUUGAAGCCAUAGGGGCACCCAUUCCGUCCUUGUGUCUAUUGGAGUGAGUAGUAAAAAUUUGUUUUCUUGUAGUUGUUCAGUAGAUUUGUAUAUGAUUCAAAAGAUCGUGCUGUUUGUGGUUAGAGUGAAAACAAUUGUGCUGUCAUUAGUUGCUGGACUGGUGUUGUAUGUCCAUGCCAAGGCAUAUGCCUUGCCUUCUUUUUCGUUGCUUAAGUAAAGCCCCUGUUGAUGAUGUGCA